UGGCGUUCAGUUCGCUUAAGAACGGUCAGUGAGACACAUGUGUGUUUAUCCGAACGCACGAAAACUAGUGGAGGAGACGGGAGCCAUCAUCAUUCAUUACUGUGAAUUUAAUCAUUCAUUGCGCAUGCGAUAAUAUCGUGGAAUGGUUGUUUACUACGCGAAUAUUUUCUUGAAAAAUGAGUGUUCAUAGUUAGUGUUAAAAAAAACAUACGUACAUUCCAUUCGUUACUAGUGUUUCAAGUGUGAUAUAAAUAAAAAUCAACAAAAUGAGUGGAAAUAAGAGCAACUUCAAUACUAAGAUUGCGGAGGACGAGAACGUCGAUUCUGGUUUUCUAUCUGGACCUAUAGACGUGUUACCUGGUGACGAGGAGUCGGAGCCCGUGCCCGAACCUGCUAGUGAGGAUAAGAAAGUGAAAAGUGUGAGUGCCGUGCAGCCAAGCGAUAGCGAGUACGACAGUGGUAUUGUGUGCAUAUCGGAGCUGGUGUCGAGCGUGCAGCUCACCGACACACAGACCCCACACAUCGCCGUAUCACCUCCUGAACAGAAGAACAUCCCACCAAUCACCUUAUUCUUCACGCCGGACGAACAGGGAGAUACACAAUUACACAUAGCGGCAGUGCACGGGUGCGUAAAAUCAGUAGCAACACUCAUAAGAAUAUGUCCGAACAAGAUGUUUUUGGACUUAGCCAACGACGAUGGACACACAGCGCUACACCUCGCUGUGAUGAGUGGAAAUGCCGUGGUCACCAGGAUGCUAGUGCACGCGGGACUCUCGAUCGAAGCGAGAGACAGGCUAGGAGAAACAGCCCUACAUAAAGCGUCAACGAAAGGAAAUGUGGAAUGCCUACAAGCGUUACUUGCGCCUGUGCCUGAAUUUCCAUCAAGGAAGCUUACUACAGUACUGAAUCAAAAGAAUUAUAAUGGACAAGCGUGCGUACACCUAGCCACAUCAGCAGGCCACCUCGUCGCGCUACAGACCCUAGUGUUCUACGGAGCCGAUAUCAAAGCAAAGGAAAACUUAGCGGGAUGGACAGCGCUGCACAUUGCUGCGCGACGUGGUGAUGUCCGCAUCGUGAAGUACCUGCGGGAACGGUACGGAGACGAGGUGACUCUAGCGCGUGACUACGCACAGCGGACGCCCCGGCGCCUCGCUAAGAAAACUCCUGCCGCCAGCGAGUUCAACAAAGUCGCCGAAGACAGCGACUCAGACUCCAGCUCUGACGAUGAUAUGUACGACAGUGACAACGAGAGCCUGUACGAGAAGCUAGUGCGGGAUACAUGCGGGAACACGGUGAAGGGGUACUGACAGCGCGGCGCCCCGCUCCGGCCACUCGACAGCUAGCGCCAGGCAGCCACCCCCGCCAGCUGGCCGCUCGCCGCGCCGCCACUCCACGAACCAGCGCUUAGUUACAACGCCCCGACCCGGCCCGACCACACCGUAGCAAAGUUUCUAACAAAUAGAUCUGAAUAUUACUUCCUUGCUGCCGACACCACCGCGCACUCUGACCAACACCCAACUGGUAUUUGUUGCAAGAAGGUGUAUCCACGGUUACUGCAGAUCUGUCAUUAAUUGUAACCAUGCAAUUAACUGCUACAGGUUCUUCCACUGUAACUACAAACCCUGAAUAUAUGUGACAAGAACGAAGGGAACAUAGAAAUAUAUGAUCCUAUAUAAAGUCACAAUGAGACUGUGUUGGUCAACAGAAUCAAGUUUAGUAUUGGUCGGUGUAUGUUUGUGUAGGCGAGGAUUUAGUCUUCAUUCUCAUUUGUAAAUAUUUCGAGGGGAAGAGAAGUUGCAGAAGGAAAAUAUGGCCCGCAGUACACAAUGCUGGGACAUUUUUUGAAAAUAUAUGAAGUGAUAGUUGUUGUACGGAUUUGCCCUCUAUUUGUUUCACGGGACAAAUGUAUAUGUAGUGAUUGGGAGUUUGAGUGGACCACACGCGGAGUCCCAGCACUGUGUACAGUGACGCGCAAAUUAGAUCUAAUUUAUUUGUAAGACUCAUGUACAGUUGCGGAAAGAAUGUUAAGUUUAGUAAAAUUAUUUAAAUAGUCUAAUACCUGUAAAAACUGUUAAGUAUUUGUAUAUUUAUUUAGAAUCGAAUAAACGUUGUUCACAAUAACUUUGGUAUUUUAUUGUCCGUGCUGCCUACUAAUGUUCUUUCCGCGACUGGACAGGUGCCUAACUGCUAUAUUGAUAAAAGUCCGCCACACAAUAUACACGUGAAUAGUGUAUAUGACAUGAAAACUAUUUUUAUGAGUAUAGCAGCUGUUAAAUAAGUGAUGUAAUUUGAACUCUAGGUGUACCAUCAUACCUAGAAAUGGCUGUAUUUCACUUGGAGCCAGUAUGGCUAGCUGUCUUCCUUUGAUAAUUGGAGUUUUGGUUUAAAAUUAAUUAUAACGAGA